UAUUUAGAAAUGCUAAACUUAAAAUUUUAUCGUCUGCUGAACUUAUCAAUUUUAAAGAACACAAUUUUGAAAACAAAUUUAAAAAUGGAUAUCGCUCCAAAGGAUUCAGUAGAUUUACGAGGUUUAAGAGUUCCAUAUGAUAACAAGGACGCAGAAAAGGAUUUUGCAAUAAAAGAUCCCUUAAAGUUAUUUGAUCUGUGGUUUAAUGUUGCUCGUAAAACAGAUAGCAUUAUAGAGCCUAAUGCUAUGGCAUUAGCGACAGCAACUAAGAGUGGAAAACCUUCAGUGCGUUACCUACUUUUAAAAGGUUAUGGCAAAGAUGGAUUCUCCUUCUUUUCCAAUUAUGAGAGCAGAAAGGGAAAAGAAAUUGCUGAAAAUCCUCAAGUAGCACUUUUAUUCUAUUGGGAUUCGUUGUGUCGUCAAAUUAGAAUUGAAGGAACUGUAGUUAAACUUAGCGAAAAAGAAUCUGAGGAUUAUUUUCACCAACGUCCUCGAAGUAGUCAACUUUCUGCUUUAGCCAGUCACCAGAGUGAAGUUAUUGAAUCAAAAGAUGUUCUUGUAAGAAAAAAAGAAGAAUUGGAAAAUAAAUAUCCGGAAGGUACUUCCAAACUUCCUAAACCUGAUUACUGGGGUGGCUACAAAGUGAUACCUGAAUCAUUUGAAUUUUGGUGUGGAAGAAGCGAUCGGUUUCAUGAUAGAAUACGCUUUAGGAAACUGUCUGAUAAGGAAAAAGCUGAUGAAAAGUUGAUCUAUACCGGGGAAAAUGGAUGGAUAUAUGAAUAUUUGUCUCCAUAAUGCCUAGGAUGUUAUGUUUUGUACAUGUUUUAUAUUUUGACACAAUUUAUAUUUGCAAUUAUAAUUAUUUCUAUGAUGCAUAUUUACACUUCAUUUCUUCAAAAAAUUGUUAUAUAUUUAGGCAGCUUAAAACUUGCUGUUUUAUUUAAGAGUUUUAAAAAAAUAAUUGUUUAUGUUUUGACUCAUCCUAUUUUUAAUUUUAUGAACUUGAAGAGUAUCAUUUUCUAUUUUUAAAAUUUAGAAGCUUGAAGCAAUAUUAUAAGUCAAAUUUUCAAAUCUUAUAAAAGAGCUUUUUUCAUUAAAGAAAAAAAAAAUAAAAAAACAACAUGAUUUCUAUGUUUAAUUUAGAAAAAAAAAUUCUAAAUUGGAGGUUACAAAACAUAAAUUUAUUAUAAUUAUUUGAUUUUAAUAUAGAAAUAAUUUGAAUCAUUUUAUAAUUAAAUGUUAAUUUGUUACAUUUUCUAAUUUCCAUUUUCUGGCUAAUUUCAUCCUCUAUAUCUGAUAAAGGAAGGGUUCUCAAACAAAUUUAUGUCAGGGGUUCUUUCAAAAUAGAUUUCCAAAAUUUCUCAAAUGAAAAUAAAUUUUUUUCUAACCUUUAGCACAGGAAAAUGUAAAUUUUGUUUGUCAAUAUGCUAUUAUUCAGAGUACCAACCAUAUUAGUGCAGAUGAUUUCUGUUAUUAUUCACACAGUUUUAUUUAAUACAUAUUUCUACUUAAUGUUAUAUUUGCCCACUAUUUUUUUCCAUUUUGAAAACUAGCAUUUUCAGGGUAUUUUAUUAAAUAAUGAAUAUUUAGUAAACAAAUUGCUAAUUUUAAAAUUAAUCCUUGGGUUGGUAAAAAAAAUUUGAAACUAACUUUAAUUAUAUGGUGACUUAUUCAUAUAAUUAUUAUAGAACAGCAAUUUUUUAAUAAACUUAUUUUUAUGCAAACGGAAGAAAGCACAGUGUAAGGAUCGCUACAGUUUGUAUUGGUUGUCGAAAGGAUUAAACAGUACCCAAUUCAAACUUGGAAGAAAAAAUUUGCUUUUGAAAAAUCAGGUAAAUUUUUAAAGCAGCGUAUUCCAGGGUGUUGAGGAGAGAAAAUGUCUUGGGCUAUACUGGGCAGAAUAUGGUGGCUCAAUGAAUUUUCGACAAUGAGUUUUAUUGAAAUCAUAAUACAAUUUGUUGUUUAUGUUCAUUUAUCAAUUGAAAUGUUUUUUUUUUAAAUGAGAUUUCAUUAUGAUUUAUCAUAAAUUAAUUUAUAUGUCAACACAAUCACUCAGAUAACGAGAACCAAAUAAUCUGCAAAUGAAUAACCAAAAUUAUUCUGUAAUUAUUAGCAGUGUAAAGGACUUUAUCAAAUAUUUUCUCAAGUUUUAAGUGUUAUUAAACUUUUAUUUUCUCAAAUUUUUUUUUUUAUGAACUUAUACUGUUCUAAUAUAUCAAUUUUUUUUCUUAUGUAUAAUUUAAUGUAAAAAAGUGCUAAUAGUAUAUGUUGCUUUAUUCAUAAUUUGACUUUAUAUUUUAUUUAGAGUUUUGCAAACUUAGAACGCAUUUUUUUCAUUUGAGCACUGAAAGGAUUACGUUUAGUUUCUGGCAGAAUGAUUUUGUGCAAUGAGAAUUUGCGAAUGGAAUAAUUACAUUAUAUUUGGUGAAUGCAUUCAUAUUUUUUACCAUAAUUUAUAUCCCUACUGUGGUGUUUUUCCUAAGAAGGAAGAAAAAGUGUUAAAUUUUGAUGUAAAUUGGGCAAUAAAUUUAAUGCUCUUAAUUAGUUUACAUAAAUUACUGCUUAUCAUUGUCUUGAUCAAGUAUUUUUGUUCUAUCUGGUUUAGAAUAAGAAAGUACUUUUUGUGCCUAUAAGUAUUUUAAAGUUAAAGUAUAGUUUCUUAAAAUUAAAGUACAGAAUGCUUCAAUAAAGACUGUAAUAAAGAAAUGAUUUAUAAUUCCAAUAACUUAAACUAAGAUUUAUAUUUUUUUAAAUUCCUCUUUUUCUGUUACAUAGUUAAAGGCAUGCUUGCAUUUUAUUACAGAUGCAGUUAUCUUCUAGAUUUAUUUUUGCACAUUUGAUUACUUUAUAUUUUCCUAUUAUUUUCUAAAAAUUUAUCAAACAUGAUGACUUAUCUCCAAAUAAUUUAAAUGCAUAGUUGUAUUUUUCUUUGAAAUUUAUAAAAUUUUGAGAAGUACAUUGGCCAUAUUUAAUGUAACACUGUUUAGACAUUAUGUAAUAUGGCAUUUGAAUUAUUUCAUAUUCUAAUAUUCCGAGAUUCUUUUUCACAUACUUUUUAAAAUAAAGCCGCGGUGGCUCAGGGGAUAGAGCGUUCCCUUUCCGAUGAGGUGAACCGGGUUCAAAUCCCAGUGAUGGCUGGUUGAAACAAAUUCUGCACCAAUGUAAAAUAUCCUCAGUGGUAGACAGAUCAUGGGUUGGAGACCCGUUGUCGUUUGGAAAUUACUGGGAGGUUCUCCUCUCCAUGUAACGCAAAUAGGGGCAAGUUCCAUCAAAAAGUCAGCAGCGAAGGCAAAUUUCUCCUAAUACUUGAUCCAGGAGUUCCCUUGUCUUCUGGAUUGGGUUCAAAAUUACAAGGCUAGUUGAACAUUGGUAGGUAUUGACCCAAAAUUGGGUCGCCUGUUCAACGACGGUCAUAAAAUAAAAUACUUUAAAAUGAAAGAGCACAUGAAUUUGAUCUAUUUUGACACAAUAAUGCUUAAGCAAUAAAAGUAGAAACAGAUUAACUGUAGUUAAAAAAAUUAUUUUUUUUAAAAUUUGUUUCUAAACUAUAAAUGGGCUUCCAAAAAAGCUUUUAUAAUAGGCAACAUGUAAUUUUCGUAUUUUGUGAAGUAGCAGACUUAGACUUUAUAGUUUGAUAUCAUUGACUUUAUUAAGUCAAUGAUUGUUGCCUUAAAAUCAAAACCAGCAGGUUUUACUUCAAUGGGGGACUAAAGAUUUUUUCCACUAACAGUAGAUUGUUAUUUGAAUUCUCUUUUUUCCAAGUUUGAAGAAGAUAACAUCUAGGCAGAAAUGUUCACUGUUUAGUAACUAGUACCUAUCAUGACUUGUUUAUUAUGCAGGCCAACUCGUGUGAAUUUUCUAUUCAGACUAAACAUGAAAUGGGCUUCCAAAAUGGCUUUAAUAUGCCGCAUUUUUUUUUAUUAUGUAGCAAAGUUAACAGAGUUUUUUAGGCAGUUUAACAUCCUCAAGUUAUUGAAGAAUCAAAACAAACAGGUUUCACUUCACUGGGAAAUUAAGAUUUUUCUUCUACAAACCCACUUAUAGUUUAUAGUCUUAGCAGUUAAUUUUGAGGAUAACAUUUAGACAAUAAUACAUACGGUUGUGGUGUUAAUUAGUUCCUCCUAUCUUUUGUUGAUUAUUGUGAGAGUCAAAUUUUCUAUUCAUUAAGGAGUUUGUAUCUUUGUAUUUAAAUAAAGAUAGAUAUACUU